AUGGCCAUCACCCCGUCCGUGUCGAAGCGCCGGGUGAGGCACUCGCUCCCGGCAGUUCUCAUGCGAGCCGGCACCUCCAAGGGGCUCUUCAUACACCGUUCUCACCUACCUCCGUCAGAAAACGACUGGAAAACACCACUCCUGGCGGCCAUGGGCUCGAGGUACAACGACGUCCGCCAGAUCGACGGCGUCGGCGGCGGAAGCAGCGUCACUUCCAAAGUCGCUGUCGUGGCGCCCUCAAGUCGACCCGGCGUUGAUGUCGAGUACACCUUCGUCCAAGUUGCCGUGGGCACUGAGACGGUCGAUCUCAGUGGGAACUGCGGAAACAUCUGCUCCGGAGUAGGGCCCUUCGCCGUGCAAGAGAGGCUGGUCACACCGUUGCCGGGCGCGAGAUCGAUGGAUGUCCGCAUCUUCAACACCAACACCUCGAAACUCAUCGUGGAGACCGUGUAUCUCGACGAGGACGGCAAUGUCGAGGAGGACGGAGACUGCCUCAUUCCCGGUGUCAAGGGUGCCGGAAGCGAGAUCAAAGUUGCAUUCGUCGAGCCGAUGGGAAGUAUGACCGGCAAGCUGUUCCCCAGCGGGCGCCCAUUGGACAGCAUUCUUGUGGAAGAGGUUCCUGAGUUGGGUCCUUUCAUAGUGGAGGCGACUUUGAUAGACUCGGCGAACCCGUUUGUCCUAGUUGACUCUCAGACUUUGCCCCUGCUGGUCAGAAGCCAAGCGCCAGACUCACCGUUGGCUCUUGAGGUAGCUGAGGCCAUCCGAAAACGCGGUGCACUUCUUAUGGGACUUGCGAAUACCAUAGAAGACGCCGGUCUAGUCAGAGGCACACCAAAGCUGGCCUGCCUUUUGCCACCAAGCUCUGGCGGCAUCUCCAAACACGAGGCGGAUAUUCGAGUUCAAGCAUACAGCAUGGGAAAGCCACAUCCCAGCCUGCAACUCACGGGUGGUGUCACGUUGGCCAGUGCUAUGAUUAUGGACGGGACCGUGGCUCACCGCGAGGACACCGAGUCCUACAUCCGAAAGUGA